AUGACGCCAUUGUCUGCAAACUGGAAACAACUGCAAGAGGAACUGAAGCAGGAGAAGACGAAAUCGAUGGAAAAAGCUAAUGGUAAUCCAUAUAAUGGGAGCACCAUCUGUAAACGCAAAAAAAUGGCUCGUUUAGCCAAGAAGAAAGUGAAUCGACAGAAACUUGACAGAGAAAGAGGAGCUAGUGGUUCAGACAUUUCAUCUUUAGGAGUUAUAGGGAGUCAACAAAACAGGGAAAACGAGUUAACGAACGUGCUUGGAGUAGAUUGUGAAUAUGUUGGCGUUGGCAUUGAUGGUAGUGAUAACAUGCUUGCAAGGAUUUCAAUUGUAAAUAUGCAGGGUGAAUGUAUUUAUGAUAAGUACGUGAAACCAAGAGAGAAUAUAACGGAUUACCGCACAGCAGUAAGCGGCAUUAGGCCUAUUAAUUUGGUGAAUGGAGAACCGUUCCAGAAAGUUCAAUUAGAGGUGCACAAAUUACUCAGCGGUCGAACUGUUGUCGGACAUUCUCUCAAAAAUGACUUCAAAGUUUUGAGUCUUUCUCAUACGCGCAAGAUGACACGAGAUACCGCCACAUACUUGCCAUUCCGCAAAAUUUUGAACCUUUCACGAACUCCAUCACUGAAAUUACUGGCAAAACAGCUACUGGGUAUUGAUAUUCAGAACGGAGAGCAUGAUUCGAUCGUUGACGCACGAGUCGCAAUGCGGUUAUACGUUUUGCAUCGAAAACAGUGGGAAAAUUACGUCCGGUCUCGUAAUCGAUGA